AUGUACACGCCAGCGGAGUUGGAAGGGUUUGUAAGGCAGUUCCAAGAGGAAGAGCUGAGUGCGAACGCCGACUACAGCGUGCUGGAGCACACGCGAUCGCAUCUACACAACAAACUGCUGCAGCGAAAAUACUUUCUUAAGCAGCUGCAGCUGCUGUACGCGCAGCUGGACAAAACCAGAAACUAUCAAGAGUUUGUGGACACGCUGAUAGGCAACCGGGAGUUGCUGCGUGAGAUCUUUGUGCUUGACCGCCAGGAGAAGCUGGUAUCACCGACGGUCGAGUGGAGCAAGUACGGCGUCGACGUCGAGGCCUACUUGAUGGAGCAUGGAAAUAGACAGCUGGUCAACGAGAGCGGCUGGGUGUUUAAGGAUAUGUAA